AUGGACAACUUGUAUCCUGUGAUAUUUUCGGAAUCAAUAUUAGUCGUCACCAUUAGACCCUAUCUUUGGGUACUCACGUUUUUUGCAAAUUUGUCACCGCCUUAUUACAUAUUACGCAAGACUUCAACAAAUCGUCAAUUGUUGUUGUUGAUUACCGUGCAACUAGUGAUUUUUACUCAAGCAUUGACUGGACACCAAUUACUGCGUAGCAUACUCAUCAAUGUUGUGCAUCUGGAAUCGGAUAUACGAAAACACUGUGCAGCCGAGUAUUCGUUAUGUGCCAUCCGUUGGCGUUUAUUCUUACGUAUAGGUAUUUGGAUUCUAGUAACAUGCACUUUCGAAGUGUAUGUAAGUUAUAAAAUGUUUCCUGAAAAAUACACACCCCUUAUUUACACGCUCUCAAUAUUUGGCGUUGCGUUAAUUAAAAUGAAAGGAAUUGAAUAUUGUAUUAGUGUGCAAAUGAUAAAGGAGCUGUUACACCUGGUACAGCAACAGCUGAUACAUUUGAAACGAGAACUUGUGCGCUGCGAUAGAAUGGAGCUGCGUUGUUAUUUAYUUGCUGAAUUGCAAGCAAAUCAAAAUCUGCUCGCCCGUGUCUGGGAUCUACUAAAUCAAGUGGAGCGAUAUUUCUGCAUUCCACUAUGCAUGCUAUUCUUCUACAAUGGAUAUUUAAUCAUACAAACCAUACAUUGGGGCUACAUUAAUUUUGAGCUUGAUGAUUUGAAGCUUCGCUUAUCAUAG